AUGGCCCCUGGGCCGGCCUUUACCCAGGCCUGCUCUAGAGAGACCCGUCUGAACACUCAGAUUUACAGCCACUGUAUUAAUUAUCCUUUGUCCUCUGUUUCACUCACAGGGUCAGAGCGGGGACAGGAGGAAGAAAGGGGAAGGAGCGGACAGGAGGAAGAAAGGGGAAGGAGCGGACAGGAGGAAGAAAGGGGAAGGAGCGGACAGGAGGAAGAAAGGGGAAGGAGCGGACAGGAGGAAGAAAGGGGAAGGAGCGGACAGGAGGAAGAAAGGGGAAGGAGCGGACAGGAGGAAGAAAGGGGAAGGAUCGGACAGGAGGAAGAAAGGGGAAGGAGCGGACAGGAGGAAGAAAGGGGAGGGAGCGGACAGGAGGAAGAAAGGGGAGGGAGCGGACAGGAGGAAGAAAGGGGAAGGAGCGGACAGGAGGAAGAAAGGGGAAGGAGCGGACAGGAGGAAGAAAGGGGAAGGAGCGGACAGGAGGAAGAAAGGGGAAGGAGCGGACAGGAGGAAGAAAGGGGAAGGAGCGGACAGGAGGAAGAAAGGGGAAGGAGCGGACAGGAGGAAGAAAAGGGAAGGAGCGGACAGGAGGAAGAAAGGGGAAGGAGCGGACAGGAGGAAGAAAGGGGAAGGAGCGGACAGGAGGAAGAAAGGGGAAGGAGCGGACAGGAGGAAGAAAAGGGAAGGAGCGGACAGGAGGAAGUAAAGGGAAGGAGCGGACAGGAGGACGAAAAGGGAAGGAGCGGACAGGAGGAAGAAAGGGGAAGGAGCGGACAGGAGGAAGAAAGGGGAAGGAGCGGACAGGAGGAAGAAAGGGGAAGGAGCGGACAGGAGGAAGAAAGGGGAAGGAGCGGACAGGAGGAAGAAAGGGGAAGGAGCGGACAGGAGGAAGAAAGAGGAAGGAGCGGACAGGAGGAAGAAAGAGGAAGGAGCGGACAGGAGGAAGAAAGGGGAAGGAGCGGACAGGAGGAAGAAAGGGGAAGGAGCGGACAGGAGGAAGAAAGGGGAAGGAGCGGACAGGAGGAAGAAAGGGGAAGGAGCGGACAGGAGGAAGAAAGGGGAAGGAGCGGACAGGAGGAAGAAAGAGGAAGGAGCGGACAGGAGGAAGAAAGGGGAAGGAGCGGACAGGAGGAAGAAAGAGGAAGGAGCGGACAGGAGGAAGAAAGGGGAAGGAGCGGACAGGAGGAAGAAAGGGGAAGGAGCGGACAGGAGGAAGAAAGGGGAAGGAGCGGACAGGAGGAAGAAAGAGGAAGGAGCGGACAGGAGGAAGAAAGAGGAAGGAGCGGACAGGAGGAAGAAAGGGGAAGGAGCGGACAGGAGGAAGAAAGGGGAAGAAGCGGACAGGAGGAAGAAAGGGGAAGGAGCGGACAGGAGGAAGAAAGGGGAAGGAGCGGACAGGAGGAAGAAAGGGGAAGGAGCGGACAGGAGGAAGAAAGAGGAAGGAGCGGACAGGAGGAAGAAAGGGGAAGGAGCGGACAGGAGGAAGAAAGGGGAAGGAGCGGACAUAGCAGAUCCUACUGA